AUGAGCUUCCUCGCUUUCGACAACAACAUCUCCUUCUACACGGUUCCGGCCGCCCUCUUCCUGGCCUUCAUCCCCCACGCCUAUGCGGUCUCCUUGGGUAUCUCGAGGUACGACCCAGGCAAUCCCCGCAAGUUCGAAGCUACCGUUUCCAGCGAUUCCACCCUCAACAAGGUUAUCAAAAACCGCAUCCUCCGCGCCAAGGCCGCCUCCACCAACUCCUUUGAAACCCUCGGCCUCUACGCCGCUGCCGUGGUCGCGGGCAACCUCGUCCAGGUCGACAAGGACACGCUCAACUACUUGACGGCGCUGUACAUCAUCAGCCGCGCGCUGUACGUCUUCACAUAUGUUUGGCUGCAGGACAACAGGGCGUUUUCGCCGCUGAGGACGGUGUUUUGGGGAGCGGGGAUUUGGAGUAUUGUUUCGCUUUUCAUCAAGGCUGGAAAUGCGGUGGCUUAG